GUUUCUAUUGAUUUUUUUUUUAAAACUAAAUUUUCGUUUUUUUUUAAACGAAUAUUUGCAAUGAAAUGUUUUAAGGCCUAUAUAUUUUGCAACUGCUUUUAAGGCUUCAUUUAUUUUGUAUUUUAUUACCAAUAACAAGAAUAUUGUAAUGGGUAAGACAAAUAGUAAGCUGAAGCCUGAAAUUAUUGCUGAUCUACGUGAAAGCACAGAGUUUACAGAAAGUGAACUGCAGGAAUGGUACCGAGGUUUUUUGAAAGAUUGUCCAGAUGGAACAUUAACAGUUGAAGAGUUCAAAAAAAUUUAUGGUAAUUUUUUUCCAUAUGGAGAUGCUGCUAAAUUUGCUGAGCAUGUUUUUCGUACAUUUGAUGCUAAUGGUGAUGGAAGGAUUGACUUUCGAGAAUUUAUUUGUGCACUUAGUGUUACAAGUCGAGGAACAUUAGAGCAAAAGUUAAAAUGGGCUUUUUCUAUGUAUGAUCUUGAUGCUAAUGGCUAUAUUUCUCGAGAAGAAAUGCUUGAAAUAGUUCGUGCAAUAUACAAAAUGGUUGGAAAUGUGGUAAAAAUGCCAGAAGAUGAAUCUACUCCAGAAAAACGAGUUGAUAAAAUUUUUAGACAGAUGGAUAAAAACACUGAUGGAAAAUUAUCCUUAGCUGAAUUUAUAGAGGGUGCUAAAAGUGAUCCGUCUAUAGUUAGGUUAUUACAAUGUGAUCCAGCUGGUAAUCGUUAGUUUCACAAUCCACAUUUUGUAAUUCCACAAUCUUACAAUUAGUUUUUCUCAAAGUCUAAUUUUUUUGUCUUGUAAACAUCACAGUUUAUAUUCUAUCAAACGUUGAAUAUUCGUUCGUUGUAAAUUAGAUCAAUUCUUAGUUUUUAUAGAGAUUGUUUCCAUAUA